AUGCCACAUCUUGGCUAUCACUAUGAAAUUGAGGAUUAUCAAGAUUAUACGUGGCAAAUCACAAAUUGGGCAAGUUUAGAAAAGAGAACAACAGGUCCUGAAUUUGAAGCUGGAGAAGUUGUUUCAAUUUAUCUGGAUUUUGCUGAUAAAGAUGAAGCCCCUACCGAUUGGCAUUGCUGUGCGCAAUUUGCUUUGGCAUUAUGGAAUCCAGAAGACCCAACAUUCUGCGUUGUUCAUUGUACGUGUUAA